AAUUUUAUCAUAAUAAUUUAUAUCAUUGAAUCUAAUAAUUCAUUACCCAAUUCUUUAAAUGAAGAUGCAUUAGUUUCUUCUCUGGAAACAAUUAUUUCUGAAUCUUUUGAAGAUUUUUCAGCCAGUGAAUCACUAACAAAUGAACAUGACGUUUGCAAAAACAAUGUUAACAUCCUAGAAAAAU